AUGCGAUCCUCCUCUUCGGCACCUGGUGUUUGUCUGGCCCCGGGGCAGAUCGACACCAUGCGCACGAUGAAGCGCUUUUCCGUGACCCCCAUGGGCCGCGCCACCAAUGCCGCCUAUGUCAACUUUGUCACCAUCCAGAGUGCCAUCCGGGCGGUCAACGACCAGCUGACCAUUGACGGGCUGGAUGUGAAGGUGGUCUUCACAACGGCCCGAGCGGCGGCCGAAGCAACUGGCGGGCCACCCGCCGCGGCUUCGCGCUUCUCCACUCCGGCGCCAGCACCCGCGCCGGUGCCGACGCCGGUGCCGGCACCGGUGCCGACGCCAACGCCGGCGAUCCCCCCCACGCCGGUGUCUGUGCCGGUGUCCGGGCCUCCUGCGGGGCCUCGAUUGGCCGCCGUGCCGGCCUCCCAGGAUGCCGGCAGUGACUCCGAGCCGGAGCCCGGGCAAAUUUCCAUGGACGAGGACCCCUUCCCGGCCGGCGGCCCGGGGGCCGAGUCGUCUGCCGGCAAGACGCCCGCCUCGCAAGCGGCCGAGACUUCCUCCGGCUCGCAAUCCCAGCCCCAGGGCGGCCCGGUUGGCGAUGAUCUCGACAAGGCACUUCCUCGAAGCAGCGGGUCUACGGCCGAUGUCCCGAUGGCGGCGACCUCUCAGCAGCCUGGUGCCUCGGUCGGGCCAGCGGCGCCGGCAGCUCGAAGCAGCGGGUCUACGGCCGAUGUCCCGAUGGCGGCGACCUCUCAGCAGCCUGGUGCCUCGGUCGGGCCAGCGGCGCCGGCAGCGGCGACCGCAGCGGCCAUGGUCGCCGCGGCGGCCACCCCUGCCUCGCCUUAUCCGCUGGAUGUUGGCCGAGCGGCCUUCUUCCUGGCGCCGAUCCCGGCCUCGGUCAGCAUGUACCCCCUGCGCGAGUGCUUGCGAAACUUUGGCCCGGUGGAGGAGCUCUUCUACACGCAGGGCCACCACUUCGCCUAUGUGGUAUAUGCACCGGAGGCCGAGCUCCUGAAGACCGAGCGGGCAUUGGCUUCCCUGUCUCUUGGCGAGGAGCCCGUAUAUAGUGUGCGCCUGGGCAGCAUAUACGAGUUCCUCCCUCGGUCCGGGCAUCGAAACACCCUGGUCAUUGACCAGGUCCCGCUUGGGGUGACGCGCGAAAUGAUCGUCGACACGCUGAAGCCCCUGGCCGCGGGGAUCAGCCACCUGCUCCUGCACCAUGCUCUGCCGCCCGGGCCGGGGGCCUGGCCGCGUGGGGCUCCUCGAGGGGAGUCUCGGUCUGGGGCGCCGCACCAGUUUGCCCUGCUGGCUUUCGUGUCCGAUCGCGAGGCCAAGGCCGCAGCCGAGCUCCUCGCUCGACAGUAUCAGGCCUGGUUUCCCCAAGGGGCGGCCGGGCCUGGGGCCGGGCCUGGCCCUGGUGCCAGCGGCGCCAGCGGGGCAUUUGGCCCCGGCAGCCUGCUUCCCCUGUCAGCCGGAUCGCGUAUCUAUCGGUUGACGCACCUGGGCGAGGAGAAUGACACUCCGGGCGCGGUCAAGGCCCGAGUGCAGCGCCUCUUUGCCGAUGUGCAGCCCAGCCGAAGCAUCUUCAUCAGUGGCCUUGCGGUAUGUCUUGCUCUUGCCUUCUCCCUCAUGCUUUUCGUCACCUCCUUCAGCCCCUGA